AUGGCUGUGCCUACAGGAAAGUGGAUAGCUUGCGGAGCAAACGACUUCCGCUUCCAACUCUUUCCCUACUUUAGCAUUGGAAACUUCAGUCUCGCGGUUCAGCAGAACUUUACUGAUGGAGCGACCAACCAAGAGAUUUUUGCAACGGCAAAAACGCACAUGAGCAACUCGACGUCGACACUGAGCUGUGACAUCAAUCCGGAAGAAGUAAUGUACCAGCAACACGCACAUGGCGACUGCAACAUGGCUAGCAACGGCAGUGUCGUACUCCAGGUCGAAGCAGAAGCGUGCAAUUCUCGCGAUGCCACAACGAUCUUUGAAGUCAGUGGGUCGUUCGACAACAGUGGAGAAGAAAUCAUCCUCGUUGGCAGUAUCCCAGAGCUCGGCAGUUGGUCGCCAACCCAAGCGGUGUCGAUGUCAGUCACGAACCCGCAGAGUGCAGGAGCUCCAACAUUCGGCGCCAGGCUCGAGAUUGCCGAGGGCACCAGGUUCGAGUACAAGUACAUCAUGCAGGAAGCUGAUGGGUCCGGAAAGACAUGGGAGUGUUGCGAGAAUCGGAUGUAUACGGUGCCUGCCAAUUCUGCAUGCGGCGAAGUGAGUGUAGGAUCAGACUGGUUCAGAGGUGGUGGUUCUCCAGUGCAGACUUGA